AUGAGCUGUAUGUUUGUAAUUCAAAAAAAUUUGAAAUUAUUUUUAAAAGUAUAAAAGCAAUUAGUGUUAAUUGCCGAUUUAACUUUGAGGUGAAAUACCAAUCUAUUAUUAAAAAUAACGCAAAUGGAUACAGUAAUUAAUGAAAAAAGCGUGUGUGAAUGCAUCAUAUAAUCCAAAAAGUGCUUUUUAUGUCAUUUGUUUGGUAUGAUGUAAACAAAGAUAUAUACUUUUUUCAGUUCUGUUUAUAAUUUUCAACUUUUUACGAUGAACUCAGCAAAUAAAGCUGUUAUUCAAAAUCGGAUUUUAAACCAUCAACAAAUGCAACAACAGCAUGUUUUUGCAAAAAAAGACAUGUUUCUUAUUCCACAAUUUGAUAUUGAAAACAAUCAAAAGAGCAUUAAUGGUCAAGAAGAAAAUCAUGCGUUAAAUUUAUGUUCGUACUCAUCAAGGGAGCAUGUUUCACAAUCUUUGUAUGGAUCGCAAAAUUUUGAAAAUUUAAAUGACCAUUCUCUAAAAAGCACCUUAUGUCCUUUAUAUAACUUUAACAAACCCACAUUUUAUAAGCAAUUAAAUACUAGAGUUACGGAAACGCCUGUUAUAAAAAAUGAACCUACUGACUGGAGUCCCUACGGUGGUAAUUUGAUCAAUAACUCUGAAAACUAUUUAAUCAAUUCGGAUCAAUACUGGAAUAAGGAUGUGAACGAUCAAAAAAGGAAGCGAAUAUCUUAUAACUGCCUACAAAUUAUUGAGCUUGAAAACGAAUUUAUAAAUACGCCCUACAUAUCUCGAGAACGAAGGCUACAGUUAUCAUCUUAUCUAAACUUGACCGAGCGGCAAAUUAAAACGUGGUUUCAAAAUAGAAGGAUGAAAUCAAAGAAAUUAGCAAAAGUAUUCCAACUUCAUUCAAGUAGAGACACAUGUAAAGAUGAAACAUGUAAAGAUAAAACAUGUAAAGAUAAAACAUGUAAAGAUUAAACAUGUAACAAUGAGCCGCAAUAGUUUUUUAAUGUUUUAUUGCCAACUCGGAAUUAUUCUUUGAAAUUUCUUUUGUGUAAAUAUCAUUAUUUAACAUAUUAAUCUAUUUUUAUAGCAAGUCAAAUUAUA